AUGUUGAAAAAAAUUUCUUCUUCAGAAAUAUAUCUUGUAGCCAAUGAUACAAUAGAUUGUCCAAAAAAUUUUGCCAAAAAAAGAUCUACAUUAUGGAAAAAAUUGGAAAAUGAUGACACACGUACAGCAGGAUUAGCAAAAAAUAUUGUAGUUAUAAUUGGAGCAAAAAUCAUGAUUAGACGGAACAUUGAUGUAACGCUGGGUCUUGUUCAUGGCGCAAUUGGUACGAUUAUGUCAGUAUCAAAAUCUAUCAAUGCCUGUGAAGAUAAUAUUUCAAUUACUAUUAAGUUAAAUGAUGAAAACAAAUGUACUAUACAACGAAUGAGUGCUAAAUUUCAAAUAAUGAAUGAUGCUUAUGUAAUUCGAAAACAAUUUCCAAUAUGUUUGAGUUAUGGUAUUACAGUCCAUAAAAGUCAGGGAUAG